AUGGCGACUUUCUUCCAGAGUGUUCGCCAAGGAUUUGGCAGGGGAGGAAACAACAAAGGAACGAACCCUCCCAAAAGCCCAGCACAAUCUUCGACCCCUCAGCACCAGUCCAACAUGUCGAAUUCCCCUUCCAUCUCAAGCAGUUUGGGCGUCGAAAGCCAAGCAAAUGACCCCGAGGGCCCCAAGUACUUCUUCCAGGAGAAGUAUGCCCCGCUGAACGUGAGGGGCAACUUUCUGACCCUGUGUGCCUGUCCCAAGAAUGUGGAGCUGGGUGAAUGGCUGGCUCAUCAAAUUGUUGAACAAUACCGCCUCCUCCACGGCAUGCUCCAGGUCAUCCAAGAGGUGAACAGUGUCACCGGUCUUCCUAUCUGCAAUGAAAAUACCUGCCCGACGAUGUCUGCUGGACGGCUGACUUACACCUGGCUCGUUGACGGUCGGGCUGCUAAAAUUUCCGCGCCCAAGUUUAUCAACCGCGUUGAGAAGUGGAUCGUUAGCAAGAUUCAUGAUCCCGUUAUGUUCCCAACUGCGAAUGUCAGCGGUACCCCUGAGACAUCUGCGGUGAAGGAAGCCAAGGGCGCCUCAACAGCUCCCUCAGACCCUGCCAAUCCUGACGAUUGGAUUGGCAAGUCCAGCGGGUUCCCGCAAACUUUCUACAAGGAUUGCCAGGGCAUCAUGAAACAAAUGUUCCGCUGCUACGCCCAUUUAUACCACGCCCACUGGCUCAACCCAUUCUGGCACAUCAACAAGCAUGACAUCCUGAACAUGUGCUUCGUGCACUUUGUGACGGUCUCCAAAUAUUACGGUCUCGUUUCUGACAAGGAAAUGGAACCCAUGCAGCCAUUGAUUGAAUUGUUCAUCAAGCAGCAACGUGUGCCCCCCGAGGCGCUUAACGGUGGUCACUGGGCUCAGCAGGCCACCCAGUAA